CCUCUACUCGGCGUCUCGUCUUUCUCCCUCGGUCGGUUCUUUUUCGCUUGUUUGCUCUGGGUGCAUUUUGGCCCUUGGACCCGAGCCUCGAAUCACUCAAUUUUCUCUAACAUCCGCCCGAUCAUUCGACGAUGUUGUCAGCCUGGAUUAAGACCUUCGGGGCUUGGCUCCUGUUGGCCUCGGUGGCCCACGCCCAGUUCCAGUUUUUCGAGCACAUGUUCGGCGGUGGCGGAGGAGGUGGUGGUCGACAGGGACAGCAGGCGUCUCAGAAUGUUCCCAGCGACAGCUCCCGGUAUCAGAAUUCAUGGGAAUCAGCCGCUUGCGACAAGUACCUCUGUCCCGGAACUCUUGCGUGCGUCCAUUUCCCGCAUCACUGCCCGUGUCCCCACGCGGACGUGGAAGAGAAGGUCGAACUCGGCGAAGGAAGUGCUGUCUGCGUCUCGAGAGGCGGGUAUGAGUUUGGAGAGGCGUCGCGGAAAAUUGAGCUGGCUCGGAAGGGACUUCUGUGAUUCGAUUCGAAGCGAUUACGAUGAUGUGUCUGGAUGAUUGCCUAUGAGGCCUGUUGUACUGUGUAUGCAUAUUUUGGGAUCGCUAGGAAACCACUGGUGCUUGGGUAGCCAUUGAAGAUUAUAUCGCAGCCUCGAACAGUUGUUUUAAGAUGCAUUAUUUCCUG